AUGGCGAAGCAGGUACGACGGAGAAAUCACCAGCGGCAUUUCUCCAGUCAGGAUGUGAUGGCUAGUGAGCCAGACUUCUCGUUCUCGAAUGCGGGUUCUCACGUGCCGUUGAUAUUCAAUCCAGUGGAUAAGAGUGAUGACGAGGACAGUCUUUAUUAUAGAGACCCCUCCGUAGACUCCACUGGAAACUGGUUCAGUCGUACACGCGAUACGCUUCGUGGAGAUAUCUCUUCUAUAUGUCUUCUACUAUUCCUCUACUUAUUGCAGGGUGUGCCGCUUGGAAUAAUUGCUGCUAUUCCCUUAGUAUUACAAGGAAAGCAUGUUUCUUAUGGGCAACAAGCAGUGUUCUCCUUUGCUUAUUGGCCGUUUAGCUUGAAGCUCUUAUGGGCACCUAUAGUCGAUUCAGUCUACUGGCGACGUAUUGGUCGACGGAAAUCGUGGAUGGUUCCUUGUCAGUAUCUCAUUGGAAUGUUUAUGCUUCUCCUGUCGUUCAGGGUUUCAUACAUCAUGGGAGAUGGAACAGGUAAAUCCGGCCCUAACGUUUUCGUCCUCAUGCUGUUGUUUUUACCAUUGAAUUUUCUCGCUGCAACUCAGGAUAUUGCUGUGGAUGGUUGGGCUUUAACCAUUCUAUCAAGGAAAAAUGUCGGUUAUGCAUCAACUUGCAAUGCCGUUGGUCAAACGACGGGAUAUUUUCUAGGAAACGUAGUAUUUUUGUCGUUGGAAUCGGCUGAUUUUGCGAACACAUUUCUUCGGUCGGCUUAUAAUCAAAAGCCUUAUGGUAUAGUUGACCUAUCAGGAUUCCUUUUCUUCUGGGGUUGGGUCUUCAUUGUGUCCACUACACUGGUUUUGAUUUUCAAGAAGGAGGUAGAUAAAUCUGUAGAAAUUUCGUCAGGAAACAGCAUCGGUGAUGAGAACGAACUCGAGCUCGGUAUAGUAGAGACUUAUAGUGUCCUCUGGAAAAUUCUCAAGCUGAAACCUAUGGUUUACAUGCUUAUUAUUCUGCUUACUGGAAAGAUUGCCUUCGCAGCUACAGAUGGAAUUACUGGCUUGAAGCUCAUUGAAAUCGGUAUACCGAAAGACAGGCUAGCGAGUAUUGGACUGUUUUUGACUCCGUUGCAAAUUAUGCUACCAUGGGUGAUUGGCAAAUGGACCGCCGGGCCGCGCCCUCUCAACAUUUUUUUGAUGGCAUAUCCCUAUCGAUUGUUUGUGGGAGGGAUCUUCGCCGCCCUUGUCUACUUCACACCAUCAUUUAAACAUGAUUCGGGUAGAUUUGGUAAGACUGUAUACGUUGUGUGGAUUUUGGCGUAUCUCUUCCACCAAGUGGCUUCUUACUGCAUGUUUGUUUCGAUGAUGGCAUUCAAUGCACAAGUGUCUGAUCCUCGAAUCGGAGGUACCUAUAUGACAAUGCUGAACACGCUGAGCAAUCUUGGUGGUAAUUGGCCUGUGACUCUCAUUCUAUCGAUAACCGAUUGGUUUUCAUUUAAAGACUGCGUUGUCAAAGGGACAAAACAGGUUCUCUAUGCAUGCAACACGAAAGAUCUCGCGGAUAAAUGUACAGCUGCAGGUGAUGUUUGUGAGGUUGCCAUUGACGGCUAUUACAUUUCCGUUGCUAUGUGUUCUAUCAUUGGUCUACUAUGGUAUAAACUGCUAUUUAAUAAGAUUAAAUAUCUUCAAAAGAUUCCUCGAAAAGACUGGAGUAUCAUCAAGAAGUGA